AUGGAGUGCAAAAGAUGCGAUCGGGCCUUCGCGUCCCUAAAGGCAUGCCAGCAACAUAUGAAUGCCUUGGGCCACGACCCUGUGUAUGAAUGCGAGACCUGUGACCGUGUGUUCGGUUCCUUGGAGGGUGUCAAUCGGCACAUGCAAGUGAAAGAACACUGGUCGAACUACUGCCAAUCGUGUCAUCGUCGGUUCGAAACCGAACACAACUACUAUGCCCACAUGAAGUCCGCCACACACCGCGGCUACGACCUAUCAUGUCAGUACUGCGAUGCUGAAUUUGUCACUGCUAGUGGUGUGCUCCAUCACCUAGAGUCGUGCAGCUGCCCAGGAGCCCGUGACAGAGUCCGGAAUCGCCUUUAUCGUGAUAUCCAAGAACUCGAUACCAAUGGCGAGAUCACAUUUGGUAAAUUGGAAGGUUACUACUAA